UGUAGGAUACGAUGCACGAAACAGACGUAUGAUUUCUACACACGCGGUUCACGAAUUGAUCACCCCAUGCACGGCCAGCGCGCGUCAUUGAACUUGGGAUAUCCUAUUCAAGAUCACGUGAUGAAAUCGAGGAUGAAAUCAACAAAAACACUGACUACGACAAUGACGUCAUACCGCAUCCAUCGUAUGGUAACAUCGCUCGUCCUCACAGUGCUGGUUCUCUAUAUCACAAUAUGGCCUACAAAAGUAGAAGCAAAUGGUCGUUUGGGCUGUCACGUCAGGCAAUACUUACAAUACAAGGCAGAAAAACCCGGAUGCCGGCCACAAAAUCUUGUUUUAGAUGCCUGUUUUGGGAGGUGCGAUACAUACGAGGUCCCAGAAUUAGAAUUUCCGUUCAAGUCUUCGCACCACGAGAUGUGUUCAUACCACCAAGUCCAGCUUGCGACGAUAGAACUUGAUGAUUGUGAUCCAGGUGUGAACAGGACCUAUACCUACCGGAACGCUAGGAGCUGUAAAUGUCGAAACUGUUCACCAUAUAACACAUUCUGCUUUGGAUUAUCGCUUUAAUUUGAUCUCUAGCAUAUACUGUACCUUGUUUACGCCAUCAUGUUAGUGUCUGUGCAACCACGAUUUGAAUCGCAAAGGUGCAAUAUGCCCUUUAAAGGACAAGUCCACCCCAACAAAAACUUGAUUUGAAUAAAAAGAGAAAAAUUCAACAAGCAUAACACUGAAAAUUUCAUCAAAAUCGGAUGUAAAAUAAAAAAGUUAUGGCAUUUUAAAGUUUCGCUUAUUUUCAACAAAAUAGUUAUAUGAACGAGCCAGUUACAUCCAAAUGAGAGAGUUGAUGACAUCACUCACUCACUAUUUCUUUUGUAUUCUAUUAUAUGAAAUAUGAAAUAUUUUUAUUUUCUCGUCAUUGUCAUGUGAAAUGAAGUUUCAUUCCUCCCUGAACUCGUGGAAUUCCAUUAUUUUAACAUUUUGUGCUUCAGGCAAGGAGGUCCUAAUCGUCAAAUUCGUAAAAAUUGAAAUAUUGUAUAAUUCAAACAAUAAAAAACAAAAGAAAUAGUGAGUGCGUGACAUCAUCGACUCUCUCAUUUGGAUGUAACUGGCUCGUUCAUAUAACUAUUUUGUUGAAAAUAAGCGAAACUUUGAAAUGUCAUAACUUUCUUAUUUUACAUUCGAUUUUGAUGAAAUUUUCAGCAUUGUGCUUGUCUGAUUUUUCUCUAUUAAUUCAAAUCAACAUUGUUCUGAGGUGGACUUGACCUUUAAUUGAUAGGGAGCAUAUAGGAACUGAUAGUCUGUAUGUCUUAAAAUUUACGACCCAUUGUUUUCACAUCCAGCACAAAAAGUGAAAAUAUGAUAUCAUUUUGACCGAUUUUUAUUCAGGGCACUGGGAAUGAUUUUUUUUUUACAAAGGGUGCUGAUGUCAUUUUGACAAGCAAAAAGAAAAAAAAGGAGUUUUUUUAGAAUGAAGGGCAUUUUGGCCCCGAGAAAUUUUGACAAGCAAAAAAAAAAGGUUUCACUCACAUUUUGGUCCAGAGAAAUUUUACAUAGAAACAAACUAAAAAAAACUUUUUUUUUCCACAGCUACCAGAAUUCCAGGGGAUGCUGCCUAUGGAGAAUUACACACGCAGCACCCCCCCCCCCGGAAAAGCAUCCUGCUAAUUCCCAGGGCCAUGACUUUAUUCUAAUCUCAAGCUUGACAAUAUAAGUUUGUGAAACUCAUGGAAAAUAAGUGAUUAUGUGAACGAAGAAGAUAACAGAUGAAUGUAUGAUUUAACAUAAAUGUAUACUUACGAAUGAAUAAAAGUAAAGUUUAAAAAAGUCCUAAAAAAGUAAAAAAAAAAUGUUUUAUUUGGAACAAAGUCGAAUCUUAUGAUAUUGAUAUUCGAACAAUUUUUAGAAAAUUAUCCACAAACGGAAUUUCUGACUGAUAUAUUUAAUGAAAUCAUGCGAUUUAAUUUUCAAAUAAGUAUUAUUCCAGCCUACAGGUGUUCUUUUUUAAAUGAAAGCAUUUAUCUAUACGAAGAUUACAUCCAUAACCCCCCCCCCCCCCUCAUGCACGACACGGGCAGAUGGGUGCUAUGCUCGAUUUUUAAUUUUAUGAAAAUUUUAUGAAAAUCUUAACAUAUUUUACAUGGGGUCAUGUUGCGAUCAGUAUCAACCCUCUUCAAAUCCACAACAAAAGCUGUUUGAAUGGAAUAACAUUCGCGCCAAUAGUAUUACACGGUAACACGCGUGUCAAUGGUAACGAGUGUGUCAAUGGUUAAAGAAAUGAGAUAAGUCCUAUAUCUAGGAAUAAAAGAAAAUGUUGAAAUCACCACUUUAAUCACUUCAGAUCAUAUUCCGAGAGAAAAUCUAAUCGAAUGAACAUAUUGAGAUAAGCAGGAUCUGAUCAUAAUGAUACAAAGACUUAUCAUUUAUCCGAUGACAUAGAUCAUAACUUACAGAUCUUCUUCCCAUGUCUUUUUCUUACCGGUAAAAACUAGGAAACUUCAUAAGAACCGAGUAUCCGGACGAUUUAUAAAUCAGUUUCCAUGGUUACUGUCGUCUGCAUAAAAUGGAUCGGGAAAUGUAAGAGAUAUCGGUCUACAAGUACAUUCAUUGUACAGGACCUUCAUGGAAGUCCGUUAUGUGCACAUAGCUUGUAUAAAUGUUUUCAAAGCCACAUGUUAUUCAUCAAAUGUAAUACUUUAUGUGAAAAUUGGGAUUUUUAUUAUGUAUGUAUUGUAUGAUAAGUGUCACUUGUAUAAAGUAAUAUAGUAAAUGUAAUUUUGCGAAAACUAUUUACUGUUCACGUGCAUUGUGCGCUGUUGUAAUAGCUACAGCUAUUACAGCUACAGCUGUUACAAGAAGACCAUUAAUUUGCUUAUUAAAGGAAACAACGUUAUUUUAUAAAGUGAGUUGUCCUAUGUAGGCCUAUAUACACACACUCUUAAAACUAAUCAGUCAAAUUGACUUGAUCAGUAGUCAACUGAGUGCAACUGAUACGUUUAGUCACAUUUCUGACGCAUAUUCUAUAGUUAGAAAUAACUCUGUUAUAGUAAAUUACGCCUAGAAAAAUAGUCAAAUACAGUUGCACCCAGCUGUCAUGACCCGAUUAACAAGUCGUUUUGACUGAUUUCUUUUGAGAGUGCAUCAUCAUUCAAAAAAGUAAGUCGGAAAGUUUUAUCACUUGAUUGUAUGUAUGUAAGCAACCAGUUAGUUUUGGAGAGGUGACAUUUCGAUCAUGAUGAUCUUAUUAUACUCCCCUAGUAUCAGUAUUCUAUUUUGAAUAUCACCGCUAUUUUCUGUAAGUAAACAUGGAAAAAAGUACAUGUAGCAAAACUAUUAAUUUUCCUAUUUCCCACAUCCACGGACCGCUACUAUAAAUACAGAGCUAUGUCCAGUCACAUUUGAGUUCUCGAAAAUCUUUCAUGUUAAAUGUAAAAAUCAUAUUACUUACACAUCAGCAUUUUGUUAUACCACAGCCCAAAAGUCCCCUAAUCCCGGUCGGCCGGCCCUCUCUCUGUCUCUUUUUCGCUUCUACCAUGCUCUGUUGUCAAGCAAAUGUGAGUCUCCCAUCCCCCUCUCCCUCCCUUUCUCUCUUCCAUGUUCUCUUCACAAGCGACUGUGACUGUCUCUUGUCUUGGACAAGUUUUGAUUCGAUCUUGUUUGAAGCAAGCUUGCAAACAAUCUAUGUUUCUUCAUGAGACGUUUUAUCACCUCAUCAGAGAGGGUUGACAUCUGAAAAAUAAUAACAUUCAAAUCGCCUUGAAAGUAAUAUUUUUCGCAAUCCCCUUCACAGAGGGUAUUCAAAUGUUUACUACUUGUUGUGAUUAGUAAUGAUGUAACAAUGUGCCUGGGUGUAAUUUUGUUUUUAGUUAAGUGAUCUUGCAGAAAAAAAGUGAUAAGUGUGGUGAAAGUUGUCACUGAAAAAGGUCGACAUAAUUAAUGCUUCAUAUCGCAAAUCAUUGUAAUAGAGAUUGUAGGCAACAGUUAUGAUCACAUCAAUUGUAUAAAAUACAACUUCAGGGUGUUAUUUUUUCUCAACAUGACGAAGCUAAUAAACAAAAGUAUUUAUCAAUUUUG